GCAUCUUGCGUGCGGAUCUAGCCGUUGGAUACCAAGCCUCGAUGCUUUCGAUCACUUAAUUAAAUAGCGGAGCCCCCACGCUUGCUACGAUGGCCGCUGCCGUCGCCGCGACUGCUGCCGCUGUCCUGGCAUCGCGUCUUUCGACUCUUUCCCCCUCUUCCUCUUAUCAUUUCUCCUCCUCGAUCUACUUCGCCGGCCUCCGUCGGCCUCUCUCAUUCUCCUUCCGCCGCCGCUCCGGCCAAUCCUUUCGCAUGGGGCACGUCACAGCCGCCACUCGCGCCACUCUGGGCCUCACGAAGCCCGCUGUCGUUGAGAUCCCGCAGAUUACAUUCGCCGCUAAGGAGAUUGACUUUGCAGAAUGGAAAGGAGACAUGCUUGCUGUUGCUGUCUCAGAGAAAGACAUGUCAAAGGACUCUAAUUCGAAAUUUGAGAACUCAAUCUUGAAAAGGCUAGAUGAGAAGCUUGGUGGUCUUUUGGCGGAAGCUUCAAUUGAGGAGGAUUUCACUGGAAAAGCUGGGCAGUCUACAGUUCUGAGGUUACCUGGUUUGGGUUUCAAAAGGGUAGGUCUAGUUGGGCUUGGGCAAUGUUCUCCUCCAUCCACCACAACUGCAUAUCGAGGCAUUGGCGAGGCUGUUGCGGCAGUUGCAAAGUCUGCCCAAGCAAGCAAUGCUGCUGUUGUUCUUGCAUCUUCCAAUGGGAUUUCAGAGGAGUUCAAGCUCAAUACCGCUUCAGCAAUUGCAUCAGGAACCAUGCUAGGAGUGUAUGAAGACAACAGAUUUAAGUCUGAUUCAAAAAAGACACACCUUAAAGCAGUGGACAUUAUUGGUUUGGGUUCUGGACCAGAGCUGGACAGGAAACUUAAGUAUGCAAGUGAUGUUUGCUCUGGAGUGAUUUUUGGAAAAGAGCUUGUAAAUGCACCAGCCAAUGUUCUUACCCCUGGUGUACUGGCAGAAGAAGCUUCAAAAGUUGCCUCAUCAUACAGAGAUGUUCUCACGGCAACAAUAUUCGAUGCAGAGCUGUGCAAAGAAUUGAAGAUGGGUUCAUAUUUAGGUGUUGCUGCUGCAUCUUCAAACCCUCCUCAUUUCAUCCAUUUAUGCUAUAAACCUCCAGAUGGUGAUGCGAAAAGAAAGCUGGCGAUUGUUGGGAAGGGUUUAACAUUUGACAGUGGUGGUUACAACAUAAAGACUGGGCCAGGCUGUUCCAUCGAGCUAAUGAAAUUUGAUAUGGGAGGUUCUGCAGCUGCUUUUGGUGCAGCAAAAGCCAUAGCUCAGAUUAAACCUCCUGGAGUGGAGGUUCAUUUUAUAGUUGCUGCGUGUGAAAAUAUGAUUAGUGGCACAGGCAUGAGGCCAGGUGACAUAGUCACAGCUUCUAAUGGAAAGACAAUCGAGGUCAACAAUACUGAUGCUGAGGGGAGGCUGACGCUUGCAGAUGCUUUGGUCUAUGCUUGUAACCAAGGUGUGGAAAAGGUAGUUGAUCUGGCAACACUAACUGGUGCUUGUAGAGUUGCCCUUGGGCCCAGUAUUGCAGGAUUUUUCACACCUAGCGAUGACCUAGCAAAGGAGAUUGUUGCAGCUUCAGAGAUCACAGGGGAAAAGUUUUGGAGGAUGCCAUUGGAGGAAAGCUAUUGGGAGUCAAUGAAAUCAGGCGUGGCUGAUAUGGUAAACACUGGAGGUCGUCAAGGCGGUGCCAUCACAGCUGCACUUUUCUUGAAACAGUUUGUUGACGAGAAGGUCCAGUGGCUGCAUAUAGACAUGGCAGGGCCUGUAUGGAAUGAUAAGAAACGUGCUGCAACAGGGUUCGGAGUGUCCACUUUGGUCGAAUGGGUUCUGAAGAACUCCUCUUAAGUUGAGUUUUCGAAUAGGAGUGGUGCAAGAUCUUGUCUUACCGAUAAGAUAACUGUAGUUACCUAAAAAAUAUUGUGAUAUUGAAAAGCAUCGACGAGCCUCAGUGCUUUUUUCUGAGCUGCGUUAAAUUAAUAGUAAGCAUUUUAAUCCUGAUUAUCUUUACC